GCACGCAACACAAGACGUUUACGCGCGUGAUUGUCCACUCGAGGGUUUUUUUGUUUUUAGGCUUGUAGUUUGGUUGUCAUGGCAAUUGCGUCUCUCGUCUUCUUCUUCUAUCUUUCCCACGGACUAUUCCAAGUCAUCAGCGGGCAAGAGCAGCACCCUGAGCCGGCGCACGCUGGCCCCUGGCGUCACCGCAUCCAGUGGGAGAAUAACGGCCGAAUCCACAGCAUCAUGAGCACUGGUUCCGAGUUCGAGGCUCCGGCGCGCGUUUACGUCAGCAGCCGAGACCGAGCGAUGGGAGCCGGCGGCAUGGUGAGGACACCCGGUAACCCCAGAGCGCACCAGGUGCGCUCGAGACAACGCCCCGGCGCGGUCGUCGACCCCCGUGUGGACUUCAAUAGAGAUCCCCUCAGGUGGGCCGACGUGCGGCUCAACGUCCCCCGUGGACGUGAGGAAGAACCGAUACGGGCACUCCACGACGCGCAGUAUGCCUUCAGGUACCCGGAAGGAGACCCGGGUCAGCCCGCUCCGUAUCACCCGCUGGAGGCUUCCAACGAAGAAGAGGGCAUGUUUAAUGACGACUCGCUCCAAUCCCUCGGCAAUUCGGUGUUGUACAACAUGUACCCCCCAAGGGGACGAGCAGGGGCCCACGCGCGACGAGUCCCAGACGCGGGAUACGGGACGAGAUACUUUCAAAACGGGCUUCCAGACCUGGUGCCAGACCCGUACGCCAUCCAAGCAGGCGCUUACAUCCAGCGCAUGCAGAUGUUUGCGUUACGUUGUGCAGCAGAGGAGGACUGCCUGGCCAGGUCAGCCUUCGGACCCUCGGUACGAGACAUCGACUUCCGGGUGCUCCUACGCUUCCCGCAGAAGGUGAAGAACCAGGGCACCGCCGACUUCCUCCCUGUCAAGCCCAGGCACCAGUGGGACUGGCACAGCUGUCACCAACACUACCAUAGCAUGGAGGCCUUCAGCAGUUACGACCUCCUGGACGCCGCCACAGGCCAGAAAGUGGCCGAGGGUCACAAGGCCAGUUUUUGCCUGGAGGACACGGGCUGCGACUCGGGGGUCCGUCGGCGCUACGCCUGCACAGCUCACACACAGGGACUGAGCCCGGGCUGUCACGACCUCUACGCCGCCAACAUUGACUGCCAGUGGAUCGACAUCACUGACGUCACGCCAGGAAACUAUGUCUUGAAGGUCACCGUCAACCCCAACUUCCAUGUACUGGAGUCGGACUUCACCAACAACAUUGUGAGAUGCGACGUCGCUUACACGGGGGUUUACGUUCAGACACGCAACUGUCAAGUAACAAGGGGGUGAAGAUUCCUUCACAUUUGAAACUCUUCACAUUUGGAUGAUUGUAUUUUAUUUUUUGAGUCAGUCCAGCUUGAGAGGUUGCAUUUGAUACAAUUUCAUUGUAUAUAACAUGUCAUGGUCCUAGAUGAUUUUUUCUUUUUUUUGACUUUAUUUCUUGAAUGGUAUUUUCUGUGAUGUCAUGUUAUUUUUUCUGUCAAAGCAUAAUGAUAUUUAUAAUAAUAAUUUUUGUGUUUAUGUAAUGUUCAAUGGAAGUACGUAAAUAGUGCAAGGGACUCAGGGUUACAUCAAUUUCUUGAUUAGUCCACGAGUUGACUUAUCCAUAAAGACGGUUAGCGCUUGAAGAUGAAUUAAUCGCUACUCACAUAUUUCAGUAUUAACAAAACUUUUUAUUCUGGAAAUUUACUACUAUUUUCUCCAAAUGUCUGGAUUUUUAUUCAGAAAAAUAAAAAACUUGUUCUUGAAAAAACAACUGAAAGUACAACUAGCUACAACUUUUUUUUUUUUUUUUUUUUAGGGUGGCCCUAAUACUCCUUCAAACAUGUGUGAGAAAUGUGUAUUUGGGACAUAAAUUGAGCACUGUUAGAAUUUACAGACCCCUAAGCUGUUUGUAGAGUUGAGAAUUUUUAAUAGAAUUUGUUGCCAAUAAUAAAAACUAAGAGCUAAAGUGUUGGAGGAGCGUUCAGAGAGGUUGUGCAAUAUUCCUUAAAUUUGUGUUGAACUGUUAAUGCUUGAACAUGUUUGUUAAUAUUAUUGUAUGGCAGAUUUGUUCCAAUAAAAUCUGUAAUAAGGA